ACAGAUUGUUGCUGGGUGUAGAUAUCUUGGUGGUGCUCUGGGAGUGCUCACACACUGAGCGCAAGUGAUGGGAGACAAACUCCGUCCCUGAAGCGCGUGACGCUCACCUGCCGAUAUUUUUUUAAUACAUUUUUGUGAUUUUUCUUUCUUUUCAUAUCAGGUUUUUUCUUCACUUUAAAGAAAAAAAUAUUUACUCUGCGCUCUGAGCAGAUUUGGAGUUGCAGCAGGAGGUGAACGUGCGCCACACAGUUUAUGACUUUUCCAUGUUCACUAUAUUCUGUGUUUUGUGGAAGGAUUUGAGUCAUGGUAGAGGAGUGAUGCGCCUGUGCCAAAAUGCCUGUUAACUGGAAUAUAACUUUUUCACGGCGGUCCUAUGGAAUAUAGUCCGAUUCUACACAGCCUACAUGUUGUGCCAUCAUCCCACGUGAAAAACAAACUCUUCGUCUUCUGCAUAAUGCUGACCCUUUGGGUGUAUAUGAUUUAUUGUUGUGUUGGCUACUGCUCCACGAUGCCAAAUGGAGCGUACGGCUCGGGGAACAGACACGAUAACGAGGUAGAAGUUGACAAUCAGGAGUCUUCUCUCAGGGCGUCCAGGGACUUACUGAAUAACGAGAACGAUUUGGACAGCAGAGGAGAGGACUGGGAUGAAAUUAAAGGCGAAGCGAAGGCGUUGGAUGAUAAUGCCAUGUCAGGUUUCUUCAAUGAGUCGGAAAGUAAAAAGUUGCCCCAGGCGAUCAUCAUCGGGGUGAAGAAAGGAGGGACCCGGGCGCUGCUGGAGUUUCUGCGCCUGCAUCCGGACAUCAGAGCGGUGGGAGCAGAGCCGCACUUCUUCGACCGCAACUACGACAAGGGGCUGGAGUGGUACAGGGAACUGAUGCCAAAGUCUGCAGACGGCCAGUUGACCAUGGAGAAGACCCCCAGCUACUAUGUCACCAAGGAAGUCCCAGCUCGAAUCUACACCAUGUCUAAAGACACAAAGCUGAUUGUAGUUGUCCGGGAUCCUGUCACCCGGGCGAUUUCAGACUACACCCAGACUCGCUCCAAGAAGCCAGACAUUCCUUCUUUCGAGAGCCUGACGUUCAAAAACAUGUCAGCGGGUUUGAUCGACACCACAUGGAGCGCUGUUCAAAUCGGCAUGUAUGCUAAGCACCUUGAGCGCUGGCUCCAGUACUUCCCCAUGGAGCAGCUGUUGUUUGUUAGCGGAGAGCGUCUGAUUAGCGACCCCGCAGGUGAGAUGGCUCGUGUCCAGGACUUUCUCGGGCUCAGGAGGGUAGUCACGGAGAAGUAUUUCCACUUUAACCCGGCUAAAGGCUUUCCAUGCCUUAAGAGACCCGAGGGGACCAGCAAGCCUCACUGCCUGGGCAAAACCAAAGGCAGGACCCAUCCUAAUAUUGACCCAGAGGUGGUGCAGAAGCUGAGAGACUUUUAUAAACCCUUUAACAGCAAGUUUUACCACAUGACAGGCCAUGACUUUGGCUGGGAUUAAGAACCAAACCUGGCCCGUGUUUUUUACAAUUCUAUGACUCUGGAGAUAUUGUUAUACAGUGUAUGUACAGUAUUUGGUGGAUGUGUAAAAUUUCAGAAGUCUA